UAAUCAGUUGCGUGCUAAUUAUAGAAUGGAUGGGGCUGGUGUAGAUGACAAAACAUCACUGUUUCAGAGUAUGACCUUCAGUGAUGGUGUUCAGGAACCAUGUAUUUGGUCAUCUCCUGGAGGGAUUCAUAAAAUCAAUAUAGGGAAACGGAUAUUCUGCAAUAGAUCUUUGAAUAUGACAAGUAUUGUUGCGGUUGGUUUUGACAUGGAUUAUACUUUGGCUCAAUACAAACCUGAAACUUUUGAGUCUCUUGCAUAUGAAGGCACUAUCAGAAAGCUGGUGUAUGAUUUGGGAUACCCUCCAAAGUUAUCUGUUGUUCUGGCAUGGACUUUUGAUUGGAAGUACAUGGUCAGAGGUUUGGUUCUUGAUAAAAAGAGAGGCAACAUAUUGAAGAUGGAUAGACACAAAUAUGUGAAAGUAGCAUACCAUGGCUUUAGGGAAUUGUCAAAGGAAGAUAAAGUUGCAACAUAUGGAAGUACUUUGAUACGGGAUGCAUUUGAUGAACCUGAUUAUGCACUCAUUGAUACCCUUUUUUCACUGGCUGAAGCCUACUUAUUUGCUCAACUUGUUGAUUUCAAGGAUAAUAAUCCUGGGAAAAUUCCCGGGGAUGCAGGCUACUCUCGAAUGUACAAAGAUGUUAGAGCUGCAGUGGACUUGUGCCAUCGUGAUGGAACUUUGAAACAAAUGGUUGCAAAAGAUCCUAAACGGUAUGUUAUGUUGAUGAUUAGUAACUAUUGCGGACAAGAAAUCUAAGCCGUUCACCACAGGGUGGCUAAUGGUUAAUUUGACAUGAAGCAUGAAUUGUUUGACUACAUCAUAGAGGGGUAUUUGUGGUAUAUUCUUAAGCCUUUAAACCCCAACAUUCUGUAUAUUUGUCUCUGUUUAGGGGUUCAACAUUGGAUUUUCUUAUCCACCUUGUACUAAAACCUUGUCUCUAGUUUUGUUUGCUCUGUUGAACUUGUUUCAAGCACUUCCUAAUUAGUUAGAUGUUCAUUGACAUUCAUUAGUGUAAUGUUUCUCACCUGCUAAAUAAGACUGGGUAUUCUUUCUCUCCUUUGUUCUUUUUCAAUGGUAUAUGCGACAUACAACGAGAAAAUGAUUUGAAUGUUACUUGGAACAUUUUGUGCUUCAUAACUACUUGAGGAUAAGGUGGUAACCUUUUUUAGCCAACCAAAUAGGACAAUCCAGUUAAUCACCCUGUGCUGAACAGUUUCAUUAUUAUUAGUGGAAAUUUAAACAAAAUUGUAUAUCCUGGAAUGUGGCUUUUGUGAUUGAUACAUAAAAAGUCAAUUAUGAUUAAAGGUCAAUUGUCCUAAUAUACCUGAUGCUGGUGUAGCCUUUAAUCUACUAAAUGGGCAAGGAAUGCAUUUGUUCAGGAAAAGUUCAUUUGGUCAUGCAAUCCCCUACUGUUGUUUUAUUGUUGAUAAUUGUAACAUUUACAGUUAGAAAUUUGUUCAUCCAAUAAUAUUGAAUCCAUAAGACGACAGCUAGUUGUGUGUGAUUUAUAUUUCUUUCUUAUUCAUUAAAAUUGAGUUUGGGUUUUUAGUGAUUGAUGUGGUUGAUGGAUGCUGAUUGGUCAUGUUAGAUAGCUUAAUAUACAUUGUUGGGCCCAUUUCCUAAUGAUGUAGGCUUUUGGGAAAAUUGGUAACUUAACGUGGUAUCAGAGCUCUCUCGUUGAGAGAGGUCUUGGGUUCAAGUCUAUCCAUUAGCAUACGGUAUUCUGUCCCUGUUUGGUUUCUUCCUCGCUGUUUGGAUGUUUACUUCUCCUUCUGUUUGGUUCUUUGUUUGUCUCUCCAUGUGCAAGACGGGGUUGCACGUGAAGGAGGGUGUUAGAUAGCUUGAUAUAUAUUGUUGGGCCCAUUUCCUAACUGUUUAGAUUUUUGGUAAAAUUGGUAACUUAAUAGGUCACUAUUUUGAGGUCAGAAAUAUGGCCAACUUAUUGAGCUUCAACUCAUAGAAGGUUGUUAGGUGUAAAAUAUUUUGUUAGGCUUGGAGUUACUGUUAAAAUAUGUUAGUAUUAUAUGUUAGUGAUGCUAGUGGUAUCAUUAUGUUUAGUUUGCUUUAUGCUUUCGGUGCCUCAAUUGGCACCCAAUGUUGGCUUUCUCCUCUCUAUAAAGAGAGUGUAAA